AUGGGCAGUCUGUUAUCGCGGCUGUUUGGACAGAAAGAGGCGAACAUCAUCAUGGUUGGGCUCGAUGGCGCAGGGAAGACCACCAUCUUGUACCAGCUGAAGCUCAAGGAACUAGUCACAACCAUUCCCACAAUCGGGAUCAACGUCGAAAGUGUCAAGGUGGGUGGUGUUUCGUUUUCAGUGAUGGAUCUUGGCGGGCAGAGCAAAAUCCGACCGCUUUGGAGACACUACUAUGAAGAUGCAAAGGCAGUUGUCUUUGUAGUAGAUGCCUCAGACAAUGAGCGGGUGGAGGAGUCAAGGGACAUUUUGAACAAAAUGUGCAAAAACAAGCUUCUUGAGAAAUGCACUGUGUUAGUCCUUGGCAAUAAGUCUGACGUUAUUAAUUGCUUGACAAAGGAACAACUUGAAAAAGAACUUGGAGUCAAUGCACUUGCAGAGAAGCAUGCCCUCCAUAUGGUGUCUGCCAAAAAUAACACUGGAAUCACCGAAGCGUUUACCUGGCUUGGGCAGAACCUAUAA